AUCGCCUUCCAGCAACAGCUGCAACACUACAGACUCGAACCCGACUUCAAUCCUCUUGUUCAAGUACUAUUAUCAAUCCUAUAGCAACUGGAAGAGAUAGUCAGCAACCUCGCGCCCCCAAUGUCAAGCGAAAACUACAUGGCAGAUGAAGACUGGACACGCACCAAGCGCUCCACGCCGUGGUACGACGACGGAAACAUCGUCCUUGUAUCGGCCAACUCGUCCGCCCUCUUUCGCGUUCAUCGGGGCAUUCUAUGUUCCUAUUCGACCAUCUUCAAAGAUAUGUUCACGGCCUCUCACGAAGGUGAAGAGGUAAUAGACGGUUGCCCCGUAGUGCACAUGCAUGACACGGAAGACGACCUUAAGCAUGUGCUCAUGGCCAUGUACAGUCGCAGCUACUUCCCAUCUGGGGCUAAAUCUGCGCCCGUCACAGUGAUAGCUGCGUUCCUCCGUCUGGGCAAAAAAUACGAGAUUAGUGAUUUAUAUGAUGAAGCUCAAGCCCAUCUAGAGAUUGACCUCCCGGACAAUUUCGAGGCGUAUGUCACAUCUCAAAGUUCACCUUGGAAGAUAACAUCGGUCCCGAACACGAGUCACGACGUCGCUAUUGCGGUUGCCAACAUCGUGCGAGAGGCGGGCCUCCUUUCCAUGCUGCCAGCGGCAUUGCACAUGUGCAUGGAUUGCUGCACUAUGGAGGAAAUAUUUGCUGGUCUCCGCGACGAAAAUGGAAAUGUGGGGCGAACUCUAUCUCUGGAGAACCAGCAGGCCUGCGCACUUGCUAUUCAACCGUACCAUGAGCUAACAGGACAGACGUUUGCCUUUGUUCAAACCUCACUUUCGACCUGCACUAGUCGCACAACGUGCCAACGCGCGAAACAAGCCUUCCUCGCCGAAAAUUUCUUUCCUUCACCGAAGCUUACUCCACUGGCUGACUGUGAUGAAGAGUUUUUGGAAGCCCUUUGUCCAGCAUGUGCUACGGAUGCCCGUUCUUUGCACCGUGAUAGCCGCAAGGAAGCUUGGCGUCGUCUUCCCGGCAUCUUUGGGCUUCCCGACUGGACUGAACUUGUUGAAAAAGAACUAAGCUAGCGCAGGGGCUUGCUCCGGUGUCCCUCGAAACCUGCCUGGUUAUAUGGGGAGACACCCACUUAGCCGCGACAACAUAUACUCGAGCCUAGCAUCAUUGAUUGCUCAUACUUUUGUUGGUCUUAUUCAGCGCUUGCCUGAUGUUCCAUUUCUUGCAACCUGGUAUACGGGAUCAUCGUCAUUUAUUCUUUGGAAACUCUUGCAAACGUUGACUCGACGAGUCCUUCGCUGACCGUACUAAUAUCUAGUUGUCGUAGUUGAUAUCUUAGUAUAAACUUGCUUUCU